UAUAUACGUACCCAUUUGCACAAUCUUUCAUUCAGAGGACCUUGAUCGUGAUCGGAGAUGGCGAUGAGUCAAAGAAGUACAGGUAGUAGCUUUCGCGGCGGACGAGGAGGAUUUAAUCUCUACGGCCGGCAACGGCAGCAGCAGCAGCGGCAACUCCCUCAGCCGCGACCCUUCCGCCCUCCGGCUCCGGUGACUCCUCCGCCGCCGUCGGAGGAAACGUUUCAACCCAAAGCGGUAACCGAGGAGCUUCAUGAUGAUCAUCACUCCCCUUCCUUCCUUCUCCGCCUCCUUCUCCCCGGUUUCAUGAGAUUGGAGGAAGUGAACAUUACAAAAGGAACGGGUUCGGAGUCGAAGCAUGUCGUUCGAGUUCAAGGGGAGAGAUUCGACUCACAAGCAAACAAACGCUACCGUUUCGACACCACCUUUAUUGUCCCGCUGGAGUACGAUAUCUCGCCGCCGAUGGAUGCCAAGCUCGAGAGCGGUGGGAUUCUCACCAUCACCUUCCCCAAAUUCUCCUCCUCCUCCUCCUCUUCUUCCUCUUGGAACUCAUCCGAAUCCCAGACUCAAUCUCAGUCAUCCUCCGACGAAGAAUCGCCGCUACGUCCUUAUAGUCCACCCAAAACAGACGAUAAGCAUGAAGGUGGAGGUAAUAAGAGCGUUUCUGGCAAAAAUGUGUCGGGGAAGGAGAAGGCGGCAGUUGAUCAAGAGAGAGGAGAAAUGACUACCCAGUACUCCCCUGCUUCUCAUCAGGGUCUGUCCCCUGCAUCCGACUUGAUCAAGCGCACUCGCGAUAGUCUUCUCAGAGAUGAAACUAUGGGACGAGGAAGGGGCGGACACGACGGUGGCAAGGGAACGACGAAGGUGGAUGCGGAGAACAAAUUGGCGGACCAAUUGGCGCAUAAUAAAAGAGGAGAGAACGAAGGGGACAACGAGAUUAAGAAAGAAUCAUCGCCAAGUGUAGGAGGAAGAGACGAUGGUGAUCAUGGAGGUGGAAGUAAGAGUACCUCCGGACAGAAGGUGGCAGAGAAGGAGAAGGAGGUAGAUCGAGAGAGAGGAGAAAGGGCGGGGCAAAUGCAAUUGAUGGCGAAUAUGGGUGUGGCAGUGGCCGUCAUCGUUACGCUUGGAGCCUUCAAUUAUUAUUUCACGUUCGCUUGAAUGUGUUUAUGUAACCCGUCUGGUUGUUAAGUGUCCUGUACUAUAUCUAUUUAUGACGCCUAUUUCUGACAAAAAAUAAAUUGUAAUAGGGUUUGUUAAAAAAAUAUAAUAAUAUAAAAAUAAAAUUAAUGUAAAUGGUGGGCAAUCACAUCCUUUGUGCUUGGGGU